AUGUCUGGACCAGGUGGUCGUCACUUGUCUGUGUCUCACUAUGCUGAGAACCAGGGCCAGAACGCCUACGAUGGUGGUCGCCGCCGCUCCUCCAUCGCCCCUGCCGGCUCUAUCAGCGGUGCAUCGCCGCAAAAGGCUGGCGUCCUCAACCAGAAGGAUGACACGCUUCGCAAGAUGUCCGUCGCCAUUCCGAAUCUUGCUGAACUCUCCGCCGACGCGAAGAACGCUGCCGAACAUGAGAGGAAAAUGGGCUUCCGCGAGGGUGCAAAGCUCUACCCGCUAGCUAUGUUCUUCUCUUUUGGUCUCUCCAUCGCCGUCAUUAUGGAGGGUUACGACACCUGGCUACUAGGUUCCUUCUACGGCAUGCCUUCGUUCGCAAGGAAGUUCGGCGACUUCGCUGGUAACGAUCCAGACACUGGCGAGGCAAAGUACGAGGUCAACGUUACUUGGCAGAACGCCUUGGGUAAUGGUACCGCGGCUGCUCAAAUCAUUGGUCUCAUGAUCAACGGUAUUGUCUCCGAGCGCAUCGGCUACAGAUGGACGAUGAUAGUCAGCCUCUUCCUCGUCUCGGCUUUCAUCUUCAUCCAGUUCUUCGCCGUCAACGUUCAGAUGCUCCUGGCAGGCUACUGCUUGGCUGGACUUCCAUGGGGUGUCUUCCAGACACUCACAACCACCUAUGCCGCAGAAGUGUGCCCCGUGCCGCUUCGCCCAUAUCUCACUACCUUCGUCAACCUCUGCUGGGUUAUCGGCCAGCUCAUCGCUGCCGGAAUUCUCAAGGGAUUCGUCAGCGGUACGACCAACUGGUCAUGGCGCAUCCCGUAUGCGAUCCAGUGGAUUUGGCCGUUGCCAAUCGCAAUCAUUACAUUCUUCGCGCCAGAGUCACCAUGGUGGCUUGUCCGACAUGGCAAGCUGGAUCAGGCUCGCGCUGCUCUGCUCAAGCUUACCAGCAAGAAGAAUGCGAACUUCAAUGUGGAGGACACUCUCGCGAUGAUGAUCCACACCAACGAGCUUGAAAUUCAACAGACAUCGGGUACCUCGUACUUGGAUUGCUUCAAGGGCGUCGAUCUCCGCCGCACAGAAUUGACAAUCAUGACCUGGGUCAUUCAGCAGACCUCGGGCUCUCCCAUGAUGGGAUGGGGUACAUACUUCAUGCUCCAGGCCGGUCUCGACACGCCCGAUGCAUACUCUCUCGGUGUGGGUCAGUCGGCCAUGGGUUUCGCUGGUACCGUCGCCUCCUGGUUCUUGAUGCCACACUUCGGUCGUCGGACCCUGUACCUCUGGGGCCAAGUUGCCAUGUUCAUCAUUCUAGUUAUCAUUGGCGGUCUGGGAAUCCCACAACUCGCUUCUGGUACCGGAUGGGCUACAGGUGCUCUGAUCCUGGUCCUCACUUUCGCCUACGACAUCACUGUCGGCCCGGUCUGCUACUCUCUCGUCGCCGAGCUGCCUUCCACACGUCUUCGCAUCAAGACUGUUGUGCUGGCCCGCAACGUCUACAACAUCUGCGGUAUAAUCAUCGGCACCCUGCAGCCGCGCUUCAUGAACCCCGACUCUGGCUGGGGCUGGCGUGGAAAGACCGCCUUCUUCUGGGCUGGUGCUAAUCUGUUGGGUCUUGUUUGGACUUACUUCCGUCUUCCUGAGCCAAAGGGUCUUACCUACGCCGAUCUCGAUGUCCUCUUCGAGAACAAGGUCUCUGCCCGCAAGUUCCGACAGGUCGAGGUCGAUCCUUUCCGCUCUGACAACUUGGUCAUUGUUCCUGAUGAGUAUAACUCGGACAAGAAUGAUGUUUAUACUCAGGAGAAGGUGUAA